UAUUAAUAAUAUGCACUGUUGUAUCACCACAGUAAAUGUAGUAUCAAUUGUGUGUAUAAAAAAAAUCUUUUAUCUGCACAUGUAUUUUAUUUGCAGGUGUUGUAAACAUCAGUUCUGCUGUAGCGAGUGGAUCAGCCCGUUGUUUGGGUGAGCUGUAGGUAACACCAGCAUCAUCAUGGGUGUGAGCAUAGGUGGUGCAAAAAAGAAGUUUGCAGACAUUGUGGAUGAGCUUCAUACAGAGCCACCCAUGAUGUCACAGUUUGCUGUGUGGCUCGACCUGAAGCUGGCAGAGUAUAAACUGCAAGGCGAUAUGAGGCUAGAUUUCCACGAGUGUGUGUCUGCUCCCGAUUGGAUGAAGGGCAGCAAAUGCCAGUGCCUGGAGCGGGCUCAAUAUGGCCUGUCACACCUGAAUGGAAAGAAUCAGUGGAUUUACUCUGACACAGAAGGAAUCAUGGAGAAGGGGAAAUUAGGCAGGAAAUCAAGUUCAAUGGGCCCACAGGAUGAUGAGGAGAUGGAUAAAGAAGAUUUUGAUCCCAGCCAUUUAUCAAUGGAAGAGUUUGGAGACCUUGACGAUUCAGGAAAAACAGACCCUGACACAACCAUCGAUUCACAACAUCCUCUUGUACAGCUGAUUCGAAGAAAGUCUCGAAAAAAACCCAUUGGAUCUGGCAAAAGAGGGCGACCCAAGGGCGGCUCAAAAGAGGGUACUCUUACUGAAUCAGGAGUGAGAGUAAAGCGUGUCAAAGUAAAACGCAAGGAGCCAGACUCUUUCCCGGACAGUACGUUACCUGCCCCUCCAGAAAGCUUUCCUUCCCCUGUUGCUGUUCCUUCAACAUCACAGAGUGCUGUUACAUCUGAUCAGGUGAUGCUUCCUCCGCCUCACAAGUCAGAACCUGGGACAGAACCUGCUAAACAGGGCCCCUUGGCACCACAGGUCUCCACUACACCAGUGGUCACUUCUGCACCGCAUGCUGGCUCAGCACUGCAUAUGAGCCCAGCUCAUCCAACAUCGCACACGGUUACAGCACCACAGAUGGGAACAGGACAGCAUAUAGGCACAGUACCACAGAUGGGAACAGGACAUCAUAUGGGCACAGCACCACAGAUGAGCAAAGGACAGCAUAUGGGCACAGCACAGCAGGUGGGUACAGCACAGCAGGUGGGUGCAGCACAGCAUAUGGGCACAUCCCCACAGAUGGGAACAGGACAGCAUGUGGGCACAGCACUGCAGAUGGGAACAGGACAGCAGGUGGGUGCUGGACAGCAUAUGGGCACAGCACCUCAUCUGGGUACAGGACCUCGUCUGACCACAACACCUCAUAUGAGCAUGACACCAAAUAUGAACACAGCAACACUGGCAAUUACUGCACCCCCAAAUGAGUUCAAAGGACACUCACCUGAUGAUGAUGAUGACAUUCCAGAUCUGUCCGACGAAGAUUUUUUGGAUGACUUCAAUGAUGAUUUAGAUGACUGUUCAUUUGGCUCUAUGACACCACCAGACUCCCCUGAACAUAUGGAUGAGGGUCACCCAGAACCAGGUCAUCACCUAGGGCCAGGGAUUCCCACAAGUGCUCCAAACGUACGCCAUUCUUUCUCAAAAAGUCAAGAUAUGAUGUCAGAUUCUGCCGCUGCACAUUUCAGACCUGGGCUAAGCCAAGAAAAAGGCACCUUGCAGACUAAUCCUGUUUUCUUUAGGGCUGGUUAUUCUGCUCAACAAGAGCGUGUGCCAAGCCCGUCCCACUCCAAUGCCCCCACCCCAGGGCAGCAGCCCCACACAGCCUCACAUCCUGCUCCCUCACAUACUGCCACAUCACAUCAGAUGCCCGCCACCAUGCCUUCAUUCCAAGCAGGUCAUAACAUGGGCCAGUCUAGUCAAAGUUCUGGUAACCCAGGCCUGAGUUUACGGUUUGACCCAAACAGGACUAAUCUCACAGCGCCCCAGUCACUGUUGCGGGGUUCCAUUUCAGACUCUUCUAACGAAGCACAUAAAAUUGGCAUGGAUUAUGGUAGAGAUCCAUUUAAUGAAGACUUUUAUGAUGAUGACUUCGGUACAGCCACUGACGAAGAGGACAUAAUAGCUUUGGAAUCUGAUGAGGAGGCUGCUCAUUUGGCGAUGUUGGAGAGGGAUUUAGACAGCCCCUCAGCUUCCUUACCUGAGCAACACCCUGGGGCCAGGGUAACCCUGCCAGCCCAGCCAGUUUCAGAUCCAGAGAAUCCCACACACCAGGAAGGUGCUGCUAGAAAAAAGAGAAAGUAUACAAGAAAAGAUGAUGGAAUCAAAGUACCAAAGGAUGUGCGACUUGCAGUUCAUAAUGUUGUGAAGGACCUGAAAAGUCAAGACCAGUCACUUGAGUGGGACUACACAUCAGGAUUGAUGAAUGAAUGGAAUCGUGAAAUGAACUCAAAAAUUGUAGCCCUGGUUGAGAACAGGAUGGGGGAAGUGGACGUGGAUAUCUGUAUGAAAGCUAUUAACUGUUACUAUGUGUCACGUCGAGCUCAGUGGAGAAAACAACAAAACAACCCAGGGGAUGAUACGAAAAAGAAAUUGAAACAGCAAAAAGCAAGAAGUGAAGCAACAGCAGAGCCAAGUCCCAGUCAUGGCAGUCAGUGAGGACAUAGAGAGCCUGAGCUGACCAAACCAAAGGCUCACAUCAUGUGUAGUUUAUCUGUGUCAUUAUCCCUAAAUAAGUUGUACUGUACAUACAUACAUACAAACACUAACUGGCAUUCAAACAAAGAUGGUUUUCAGGAAAUAUCCAAGAAUGUCCAAAUUCCAUUCCUUUGUAAGGAAAGAAUUUUUUCCAUGCUGGAACAAGAGAACAAUAUUUAAAUUGAUAUGUAUUUCAAAUUGUAUUUCACUCCAUAUUUGCAUUGGCCUGAGAUGGAGAAAAAGUGUUGUUUAGAGGGUAACCAUGAUCUGCUGCGCAUGACUUAUAACAGUGUGAGGAGUGUGGUAAAGAUAAAUGUGGUAACUGAUUAACUAACUGGCUGUUCAACGUAUGUAAGUGCUAGCCGCUGACGUGCUAUUGAACUGCAAUUGCUCACACCAUGUUCGUUCAUGUUGCAAUCAUUGAUAUUCAGAAUUCGAUAAAAUUUAUCGGAGUCUACAUCGGAUAUGUGGAGCAGUUGAUUAUGUCUCUGUCCUAUCUGUGUUAAUAAGCACCAAGAUGUGUGGUGUCCUAUUAGGCUUUGAGGAGCAGGCUGUGAGCUUUUGUUUUGUACACAUCUCUUUCCUCAUGUUGUAAUGAGUUGGCUGGAUGCCUGACUGGUAGUAAUAAGUAUUGAUAACUGUUGUAACUUGUCAUUUGUAACAAAGGGACUUAAUCUGGACAAAGGGAAUGGAGUUUGAUUCUUGUUUGUGUAUAUUUAUUACUUUUUGGAAGUUAUUUACAGUUCAUUUUUUUUUUUGUGAUUCUGUGAUUCAUCAGUUAAAUGAUCUUCUCCUCUUAUCAUAGUUUGAUAGUAUGACAUUUUCUGGUGAUAAAACCAUCACAAAGACUACCCUUGGUAAUGCUUGGAUUUCCAUACCGUCAAUUGUUUGUGCUUGGCUGAUGUCAUACUAAGUGCGUUGCCAAGGGAACAGUGCUACAUUCAUCUAUUCAUUUUAUUUGUAUCGUUACGUUCACACAUCAGUCAUCAGGUCUGAUCUUUAUCUGGAAAUGUUUUCUUUUUGUGUCACUUUGCAAAAGUGAAUGAAGUGUGGUCUUCAUUUCAUUGGAAGUGACGAUAAAAGUAUUACUUCUAUGAUGAUAUUGCCGUGUGUAAAUACUGAUGAAUAAAAUAUACUUCAUGCAA